GAGGAGGUUAGUUUCACUUGUUUUCUGUAUUGUUUCAACUUUUGUCGAGACACAGUCAGAGAGUGCUGAACCUGGACAGUGCUUCAAUGAAUCGUCUUGAUUCCAAAUAAGAUGAUAGCAAGUGGACUGCAGUUUUGUUCUACCUGUAUGCCAAGCAACAAUGAUGUGACAAAGGAGCUUCCCAAUGACCUUAAAGGACAGACCUCAUCUGCUGAACUGAUGAGACUGCUGGACAGAGGAGACUUUCCUAGCCCUAUCUGUGUGUCCUGUAGGAGUGAUGCAUCAAAGGACCUUCACUUUGACUUUAAAGCAGAGUCCUUAUCUGCUGAAGAGAUAAUCCAGCUACGGAGCCCAAACUCACCCAGUCCUAGCUGUGCAUCAUGCAGGAGUGAUACAUCAAAGGAUGUUGUCAUCUUCUUUAAAAUACAUCCAUCAUCUUCUAAACAAAAACAUGAACAGAAAAGCUCACAGGAGUGUUUCUGCCUACAAUAUACCGAAGAUUUUGUAAAUCUGUGGGAGGAUGGAAAAGUGUUGGUAGAGGUGGCAUCAUUACCGGAGGUCAUAAAGCAAGACCUUGACCAAGUUCAUCUGAAGCAGCUAAUUGAUCAUAUUCUCAAAAGUGCAGUUUGUCAACGUAAACUUAAAUCUGCUCUGACAAAUAAGUUUCAGUGUGUGUCUGAAGGGAUUGAUAAGACAGGAAAACCAACCCCUCUGAAUAAGAUCUACACAGACCUCUACAUCACAGAGAGUGGAACCAGAGAGGUGAAUGAAGAACAUGAGUUUAAACACAUCGAAACAGUUUCCAGAAAGCAAAGCGGAGAAGAAGUGACAAUCGGACUGGAACAGCUCUUCAGAGGUUCACCUGGACAAAAUAACCCAGUCAGAACAGUGAUAACGAGGGGAGUGGCUGGCAUUGGAAAAACUGUCCUAACACAGAAGUUCACGUUGGACUGGGCUGAAAACAAAGCCAACCAGGACAUCCAGUUCAUAUUCCCCUUCACAUUCAGGGAGCUGAAUGCUCUGAAAGGCAAAGAGUUCAGCUUGGUGGAACUCGUUCAUAAUUUCUUUACUGAAACCAAGGAAAUUUGCGGGUUUAUUGAGUUCCAGGUCAUAUUCAUCUUUGAUGGUCUGGAUGAGUGUCGACUUCCUCUGGACUUCCAAAACAAUGAGAUCCUGACUGACGUUACCAAGCCUGCGUCAGUGGAUGCCCUUCUGACGAACCUCAUCAGAGGGAAAUUGCUUCCCACUGCUCGUCUGUGGAUAACCACUCGACCUGCAGCAGCCGGUUGGAUCCCUCAUGACUAUGUUGACAUGGUGACAGAAGUCAGGGGGUUUGAUGACCCACAGAAGGAGGAGUACUUCAGAAAACGAUUCCAGGAUGAGGAAUUGGCCAGCAAGAUUAUCUCCCACAUCAAGACAUCAAAAACCCUCCACAACAUGUGCCACAUCCCAGUCUUCUGCUGGAUCGCUGCUACAGUUGUGGAGGACGUCUUUCAGACAAGUCAGACCAAAGAGCUGCCAAAGACAAUGACUGAGAUGUACAUCCAUUACCUGCUGGUCCAAACCAAAGUUAAGAUGGUGAAAUACGAUGGGGACAAUGAGACAGAUGAACACUGGAGUUCAAAGAGGAAGCAGAUGAUGAAGUCUCUGGGAAAACUAGCUUUUGAGCAGUUGCAGAAAGGAAACUUAAUCUUUUAUGAAUCAGAUUUGAGAGAAUGUGGUAUCAGUGUCCAAGGUGCUUCAGAGUACUCUGGAAUGUUCACACAGAUUUUUAAAGUAGAGAGAGUGCUGUCUGAUGACAAACUGUUCAGCUUUGUACAUUUGAGUAUUCAGGAGUUUCUUGCUGCUCUUUAUGUCCAUUUGAGCUUCACAGAGUCUGGUGUCAAUCAUCUGAAAGAAACAACCCCAUCAACAUUGCCCACAUUGUUGAAGAAACCAACGAUCCUCAGUUUUUACCACAGUGCUGUGAACAGGACCUUACAGAGUCCAAAUGGGCACCUAGAUUUGUUCCUUCGCUUUCUGUUGGGACUCUCACUGGAGACGAAUCAGAAACUCCUGCAUGGCCUCUUGAGACAAACGGAAAGAAGCUCUCAGAUCAAUCAGGAAACUGCCCAAUACAUUAAAGAGAAGAUCAAUGAAAAUCUGUCUACAGAGAAAAGCAUCAAUCUGUUCCACUGUCUGAAUGAACUGAAAGAUGAUUCUCUUAUGCAAGAGAUCCAGCAGUUCUUAUCUGCAGGAGCACUACGCACUGAUAAGUUGUCUCCUGCCCAGUGGUCGGCCCUGGUCUUCUUCUUAUUAUCUUCAGAAGAAAGUCUUGAUGUAUUCGACUUUACCAGGUUUUCUGUCUUUGAAAACGUUCUUCUCAGGCUGCUGCCUUUGAUCAAAGUCUCAAAGACAGUUGUACUGACUUUCUGUGCCCUUUCACAAAGUGGUCUUGAAGCUUUGUCCUCAGUUCUCAGCAACAAGUCUUCUUUGAGGGAGCUGGAUCUUAGUAACAACAACAUGCAAGAUUCAGGAAUGAAGCAGAUUGUUGAGGGAUUGAGGAACCCAAACUGCGCACUCGGUACUCUUAGAAUGAGGGGUUGUUCCAUCUCAGAGAGAAGUAUUGACAUCUUACAUCCACAUCUGAGCAGCUUCUCUCGACUGAGAGAGCUUGACAUGAGCAACAACAACUUGCAAGGUUCAGCAGUGGAUAAGUUGUCUGAGGGACUGAGACGCUCAUUUUGUCAACUGGAAAUUCUCAGACUGAAUCAUUGUUGCCUCUCAGAAACUAGUUGUGAAGCUUUGUCUGCAGUUCUCAGCUCUGAGUCUGCUUGCCUUAAAGAGCUGGAACUAAGUAACAACAACCUGCGGGAUUCAGGAGUGAAGCUGCUAUCGACUGGACUGGAGAGUUCGUACUGUCGGCUAGAAACUCUAAGACUGUCUGGCUGUCUGGUCACAGGAGAAGGAUUUGCUUCUCUGGCAUCAGCUUUGAAUUCCACCUCUUUCCAGCUGACAGAACUCGAUCUGACCUACAACCAUCAUUCAGAUGACGCUGGAGUAAAGCUUCUAUCUGCUAAUUUGAAGGAUCCACAGUCCAAGCUUCAAGUUCUCAGAACACAUCCAGCUGGAGUCGAGUGGUUAACACCAGGACUGAGGAAAUAUUGGUGUAAACUCACAGUCGAUACAAACUCGGUGAACCGAAAUGUGAAACUGUCAGACAACAACACAAAGGCAUCAUACGUGGAGGAGGCUCAGCCAUAUCCCGAUCAUCCGGACAGGUUUGAGAAGAACCAUCAGGUGAUGUGUUCAAAUGCUCUGACAGGUCGCUGUUACUGGGAGGUCGAGCUGAUGGGAGGGGUUCACACUUCAGUGAGUUACAAAGGAAUUAUCAGGAGAGGAGAGGAAAAUGAUGGCUGGUUUGGUGGAAAUGACCAAUCCUGGACUUUGUUCUAUGAUGGCAGCUCUUACUCUGUCUGGCACAAUAAAAAAGGAAUAUCCAUCCCUUACACCACAGUGGUCACCCACACUUCAUCUCACAGAGUAGCAGUGUAUUUGGACUGGCCGGCAGGAACGCUGUCCUUCUACAGAGUCUCCUCGGACACAUUGAUCCACAUCCACACUUUCCACACCACAUUCACUGAAGCUCUUUAUCCAGGAUUUGGAUUGUGGUCUUGGGUCAAUGUUCCAAAAGGUUCAUCAGUGCAUCUGAUCUCUUUAUUGGACUGAUCAGGUCUUUCAGCACAAGAGGUACCAAGCUAGCACGUAUCAGCUUAACCAGCUUCUUUGCUGUAUUGACGUUACAAUUUACUUGCAAUGUGAUGCAACUCUUAUUUUGUUACAUCGUAAACUGUUUUGUCAAAGUUAUUUAUUCACAUAUUUAUUCAUUUAUGUAUUUCUUUUAUUAAAAGCUUUUUAACUGCAUGUAAUAGUAAAACUCAAUGAGCCAGUAAAUAAUGGUUAAGAAGCUUAAUCAGAAAUAUUCUGACAUUGUUAUAAAUGGUUUUUGUAUUUUAUGUUUAAAUUGUCUUUUAAUCUUGAGAGUAAUAAAGGUAAUUUAUUAGGAUAAAAUAAUAUCCAUAGGUGGUUUUGAAUUGUACUGAAAAAAUUUGAAUGUGACUCAAAGGAAUUAAUUCUGCCUAAAUAUUUCCAACCAGCUCUUUUAGUAUUUGAUUGAAUCUGUUUCUAUCAAAGAGAUGAAUCAAAGGAGAAAGGACUCAUUAUUUAUGCGGAGACACAUUGUUACUGAGGUCAGGGAAAAUAAUUGUACUAGUUUUAUUAUAACUGAGCUGUACUGUAGUGUGUUUAUGUAUGUUCAGAUGGACUGUCAUUUAAGUAUUGCUGAAUUUAAGGACUGUAUUUUGUUGCGUUGUAUUAUACAUUCAGUAUGUUGCACUUUCGUGCUCGGGAGAAGGGGUAUCCCAGCUUAUUUUCUGAUGUAGCAGAAGGUCAAUGCAAUUUUUAAACUGGGCACAUUUAACAUGAAUAACAGUAACCUGUUACAGUACCAGGAGAAACGUUACAUGAGGGGCUUUGCAUGUGUGGAGAAAUACCAAAGCAAAAACAAAACGGGUUUAAAUACUCAAGCUGCAAAUAUUUUUAUUUUACUGCCAUCAAACAUCUUUACUAAAAUUGGCAAUAUCACUUUAAAUGAUUACCGUAAAUUUAAUUUUUCCCCAAAAAAAUUAUCUUUUUUUUUUUUCACGAGAUGACAUGAUUGUACAGCAGUAUCUUUUCUCCUGGUAAUAAACUCCUGUUCAUUUUCCAGUUUUAUUUACUUUUAUAUAUUGUCAGUAGUUUUGCACACCAUUUUUCUUCUUGUUUUAUUCACUCAGGUCAUUUUACUUGCACAUUGUUUUAAGUUUGUUCAUGCCUCUCUGGAACUUGUCUUUAACUUUUUAUUUAGUUCUGUUCUCUUAGAGUUACUGUAUGUGUAUUUCAGUUGUUUCUGGAAGUUAUUAAAAGUUUAUUUUUUACCUAU